CCCCGCGCCCAAGCUACCGGCACCCAUCGGGACUCAGCGUCAUGGGAAUUUGGAACGCCACAACGGUGAGUGGGAUAACGUCUGGAGAGGUGAAAACAGUUUGGAGAUCCCGAGAAAGUCGAGGUACAAAGUGGAACGAGCAAUCCUCCCAUUGACGCUUCUCCUGUAUCAGCUCAUCACUCCAAAUCAAAGACCAACCUCAUCCAACCCCAACAUCUUAUUUCUGACCUUCUUCAUUACAAACCAUCACGAUGGGAUCUCUCGCAGAGAGUCAGCGAUCGCUGAAGCCAACAUUUCCAGCAGAGGCAAACACGCUCGAGUUUGCGCAAUCACAGGAUGCCAAAGAUCCUCUUCGAUCGUAUCGAGAGAAAUUCAUAGUUUCGUCCAAGGCAAAUACCAAAACCGAAUCUGUUGUAAAACCAGGUAUGCCGCCACCCAAAGUUUACCCCUCCCCACAAUCACAUGACUGACCCCCUUUCUCAGAAACCCAAAGUGACGACCCAUGUAUCUACUUUUGUGGAAACUCACUCGGUCUACAACCCCGAGCUGUCUCCGAGUACAUCGCCAUCCACCUCAAUACUUGGGGAACAAUCGGUGUUCAUGGUCAUUUCAGAGAUCUGGAAGGAUCGCCACUCACACAAUGGCAACUCCUCGCCGAACACGCAUCGAAACUUCAAGCGCCCAUCGUUGGAGCUAUACCUUCUGAAGUAGCUACCAUGGGGAGUUUGACAAUGAAUCUGCAUCUUCUGAUGGGAAGUUUCUAUCUUCCAACCGCAACCAAAUACAAGGUUAUCCUCGAUUGGAAGGCAUUCCCAAGUGACCACUACGCUAUCGAGUCUCAAAUUCGAAGUCACGGAUUUGACCCAGAGGAGUCAAUGGUGAUGAUUCGUCCAAAGGAAGGAGAGUAUGAGGUUUCCACUGAAUCGAUCCUUGCUCUUAUCGAUGAGCACGCUUCAACCACUGCCCUUGUUCUCCUACCUGGAAUUCAAUACUACACUGGACAAUUCUUCGAUAUCAAGACCAUCACCGCUCAUGCACAAUCAAAGGGUCUUCUAAUAGGUUGGGAUCUUGCUCACGCAGCUGGUAACGUACCUCUCCAACUCCACGACUGGAACGUCGACUUCGCCGCCUGGUGUACGUACAAAUAUAUGAACGCCGGACCUGGCUCAAUCGCAGGUCUGUACGUCCACGAACGUCACGGCAAAGUCGAGUAUCCAGCCGAUGGCUCAGCCCCAAGUUUCCGACCUCGUUUGAGUGGAUGGUACGGAGGCGACCAAGUAGGACGCUUCAACAUGGACAACAAAUUCCGUCCUUCCCCCGGCGCAUCCGGGUACCAAGUCUCCAACCCCUCAGUCAUCGACUUGACCUCCCUCUGCGCUGCUCUCUCCGUCCAUGAAGGAAUCACCAUGGCUGAUUUACGCGCCAAAUCUCUCCACCUCACCGCUUACCUCGAGCACCUCCUCCUCUCAACGGGAUCCACCUCCGAUCCAGCAUUCAAGAUCAUCACUCCCUCCGACCCAGCGGCUAGAGGUACCCAGCUCUCCGUCAUGCUGUUGAAGCCAGGUCGUUUGGAUAUCUUGAGUAGCAUGCUUGAGCAUGCGGGGAUCGUAGCGGAUAAGAGGAAGCCGGAUGUGAUUCGUGUUGCGCCGGUUCCGUUGUAUAAUACUUAUGAGGAGGUCUGGAAGUUUGUGCAGAUUUUUAACAAGGCUUGUUCGAGUGUUUAGAUGGGGGGUUUUUGAUGAUGUAGGAAGGAAAAAUGGUAUCUGCAUUGCGGGGUGUUUUAGGGGUAUUUUAGGGCUCGGGUUUUGGAAACUUGGGAUUUUAGGAUGGACUUUUUAUACAUAUGUCUCAUGAGUUCGGCUCUCCUUCAGUAUUCUUUAUAAAAGGGAAGAAAUGAUAAUAAUCUUACCG